AUGCUCGGGAUCAAAGUAUCAAUUCUACGAUUUCCUGCACGAAAAACGCAAAUCUCAAAUUGAUGCAGAGUGACUUUAUCAAUUUCCCAUCAUGACAACGAUCAACUACAGUAAAUGGGACCAUAUUGAGAUUUCAGAUGAUGAGGAUGACACACACCCAAAUGUUGACACAGCAAGUCUCUUCAGAUGGCGUCAUCAGGCAAGGGUGGAUAGGAUGGAGCACGAUAAAAAAGAAAAAGAGGACUUUGAGAAAGGCUACAAAGAACAUCAAAGAAAAAUGAAUGAAAUCAAGCAGAAGUUAAAGGAAGCUGAUUUGAAUAGUGAUUCAAAGGUAAAAGCUGAGCUUUCAGAAUUAGAGGCUCAAGAGAAGAAAUGGAAAGAGAAAGAAGCAGAAUUAAGAAAAAAAGAAAAGUUAACUCCCUUGAAUGUUGACACCAUUUGCCAUGAAGGAAAAUCAAAAACAGUAAUAAAUAAACCAAUACCAAAGAAAGAAUUAACAGAAGAAGAGAAAAGUCAGAGACAUAAAGAGUUUAUUGAGAAACAUAAAGCUGAUGCUAAGAAGUUUGGUAUGAUGCGUCGGUUUGAAGACAGCCAGCAGUUUCUGGUUGACCACCCAGAGCUUGUCUGUGAGGAGACAGCUAAUGUGCUGGUCCUCUGGUGUAUAGAUCUGGCAAUGGAGGAGAAAACUGAUUUAAUGAACCAUGUGGCUCAUCAAACCAUCGUGAUGAACUUCAUCAUGGAGCUGGCUAAACAGAUGGAUGUGGAUCCAAGGAGCUGUGUUCGCCCAUUCUUCUCUAGGAUUAAGCUUGGAGAAAAGCAGUACAUGGAAGCCUUCAACAGUGAACUGGAGGCCUUCAAAGAGAGGAUCACAAAACGAGCCAAGGAAAAACUGCAGAAGGCCAUGGAGGAAUAUGAAGAGGAGGAAAGACAGAAGAGGUUAGGACCAGGAGGCCUGGAUCCAGUGGAAGUCUUUGAGAGUUUACCUGAGUGCUUACAAAAGUGUUUUGAGUCAAAAGACAUUGCAUUACUACAAAAGACCAUCACUGAGUUACCUGAGGAGGAAGCUCGGUACCACAUCAAACGCUGUGUUGACUCCGGACUCUGGGUCCCGGAUGCCAACAAGGCACCAGAAGGCGCUCCGGAGGAGGAGGUCUACGACGAAGUGCAAGAGAGUGCUGACGGGGACGAGAAAAGCUAAAACAGUCGGGACUGAGAGAAAAAGAUACUUAAAACUCUAGCAUGCAUAAACAAACUCUGGUAUUCAAAUUUAUGUAGAAUUUUUUUUAUCAUUUAUGUGCAAUUAUUUAUUAAAGACAUUUUGGUGCCCCAUCGACCAUCUAAUGUGAGUAGUGCCUGGUUGGCUUUUUGAUGAAAUGUCUAUUUAGAUUUACCUUUACUUCUGAGUUGUUUUUGAUAGUUUUUAGUAAAGGUUUCUUGAAAAAUAAGGGCAUAAUAA